AUUUUCUUGGAUUGAUACUAUAGAACUAUAUGCUGACCAUCACCUGGACGAACCCAUUUUGAUUCCCCUUAUAGAAGGUUCAUUUUCUGAUGUUGGUAACCAUGAGAUUGGUGAUGAGAAUGAUGGUGGGCUGGGUAAUGAGUCUGCCAAUACAGAUUGGAGAGACCAAAUUAAAGUGCUGAAGUGAAUACAAGUGGUGUCCCAAAUGGCUAUGUUACAGAUGAAGAAUCAAAUAGAGGCUCAGAAGAUGAAGAGAGCAACAAUUCUGAUCCAUCCUCUGAUAAUGAUGGUACAAUCACUUACUCUGCAACAGAUGGGUCAGAUUGUUUUAUGAAUGGAAUGACCUUUGCAGAUGCUGAAGAGGCUAGGACUGCAAUUGCUAAUUAUGGGGUUAAGUAUGGUUACAAGCUGAAAAUCAAACCAAAUGAGAAGAAUAGACUGGCAGUGAAAUGUUUGAAUGAGGAAGGCUGCCCAUUUAGAUUAUGAUUUCACAAGAUGGGAAGAACUGUGGCUUGGCAGUGAAGAUUUGUAACACUGAGCACAAGUGUUUCCGACACUAUACUCUUCCUAGUGCUACUCAAAAGUGGCUCACAAAUUACUUUAAAGGGCACCUGCAGAGAAAUCCUAGCUUUCGAGUUACUGACAUGAAAGAGGAGGCUGAGAAGAAGUUGAAGAUAAAUGUAAGAUUGUAUAAAUGUAAAAGGGCAAAAAGGUUGAUUAUCCAAGAGAUGGAUGGUAGUUAUAAUGCUGAGUUUGGGUACCUAGAAGCAUAUGCUGCUACAUUAAAGAGGAGUAAUCCAGGUUCAAAAGCUGAAAUUGAACUUUGUAGUGAAGCAUUGAAAGAAGGGAGAAGAGUAUUCAAGAGAAUGUUUGUAUGCUUUGCUGCUUUGAGGCAGAACUGGCUGGCUGGCUGUAGAAGAAUCAUUGGUGUAGAUGGUUGCUUUCUAAAGGGUGUUUGUAAGGGUAAUCUGCUGAGUGCAGUGGGGUUGGAUGGAAAUGGGCAGAUGGUCCCUAUAGCAUGGGCUGUCAUUGAUAAAGAAAAUAAGUCUAAUUGGGGAAUUAACACUUAUUUCAGAUAUGCAAAAGGGGAUGAUUAUUGCUGCUCAAGAGGUCAUACCAGAUGCAGAGCAUAGGUUCUGUGCCCGACAUGUGUAUGCUAAUUGGUCAAAGAAGUGGAGAGGAAAUGAGUUCUGCAAAAAGUUUUGGAUAUGUUCCUAGAGCACAUAGAGCACAUAUGAGUCCUGCAGCUGAAUCUUAACAAGCUUGGAAAAUUGAGCACUGAAGCUGCUUCUGACCUUUUGAAGUAUCCAGUUCAAACUUGGUGUAGAGCAUACUUUAGUAGUAGAAGUUCAUGUUGGAUGGUUGAUAAUAACAUGACAGAGUCCUUCAAUUCAUGGAUCCGGGAAGCUAGGUCAAAACCUAUUGUAAGCAUGUUGGAAGAUAUACGAUUGAAGGCAAUGAAAAGAAUUUCAGAUUUUAAGACAAAUCAUGAUAAGUGGAUAAACGAUUGGUCUCCCUUAUGCAUGGAGUACUAUCAAGACAAUAAGGAGGCUGCUAGUGGCUGCAAUGUUAUAUUUAAUGGGGAUGUGGGGUUUGAGAUUGGAGAGGGGACAGAUAAGCACACAGUUGUGUUGGAUAAGAUGGUGUGCACUUGUAGAGCAUGGGAACUUACUGGAAUACCAUGCUUACAUGCCAUAUGUGCUUUCUAUUAUAGGAAGGUUGAUCCUAUCACCUACAUUUCGAGAUGGUAUCAUAAGGAGACUUAUAUGGCAGCAUAUUCAAACGCUUUGCAACCGGUACCUGGAAAAGCUUUCAUGAAGGUUGAUGAUUAUGAACCCAUUUUACCUCCCCCAGUCCCAAACCUACCUGGCAGACCAAAGAAGAACAGGGUUAGAUCAUCUACUGAGGUCAAAGGAUCUGGAAGUGCUUCUAAAUCUGCCAAUGCUACACCUCAAACUUGUGGGAUAUGCCAUAAGGAGGGCCAUAAGAGAGCUACAUGUCUUACUAAAGAUAGAGAUGCAAGUGUUGAAGGAGCAGAAGGGAAUGCACCUAUACCUGUGAAGAGACCUUCUAGUGUUGCUUUCUCAUCAAUUCCUACCACUACAGAAUCAGCUCCACCAACAAAUCCACACACUAAUGCUAAAAGGAGUACUGGUAAGUCUAAAGUCACAUGUAGAAGAAUAGCAAGGAAUAUAAGUAAACAAUCUGUAACAGGCUUUGGGUGCUAUGUGGAUAUCAACACUGGUGAGAAGACUUUAAAUCCUGGGAUGAGCAGUGAGGAAAUAGUUUCAGAUUUCCAGCCUCAAAUGCCACAUGACCCUGAUGUUACAGUCAGAUUUGCAAUCCCAAAUGAAAAAGAUAUCAGAGGGGCUGCCCGGGCUGAGAAGCAGUUGGAUGUGUCAUCAUAUAGAACAAUACCUUUCAAGGGUGAUGGUACAGAGGUGCAUAAUCCAGCAAACCUACCUUUUCAACCACCUGGUUUGCAAUGGAAUGGGAAUGCAGCAAUCAGCUCUAGGCAAUUGUUACAGAAGAUGCAGAUUAGGAGGCCAGGUUCCAUUCCAAAGUGAACAUGUUGAAGCAACACUCAAAUUUGGGGGAAUGAAGACUGACUAGAAGCAUUAGAUGUUUUCUAUGAAGUUUUACUACUUCUGGAACUAUAAGCAACCAUUGUGCGAAUUUGGGGUGCUACAUUAGGGCUUAUAAUGAUUUUUUUGAAUUUUGUAACCUCAUUAACAA